AUGUCUGAACCGGUAAAAUUAACUGAUGCAUCAGCAUAUGAAAGUUUUCUUGAUAAAUAUGAUACAUUUUUGAUCGAUUGUGAUGGGGUAAUAUGGCACGGUAAUAACGUACUCCCGAACCUUAGAGAAGCAUUAUCCGUACUGCGGAAGAAGGGAAAAAAAUUAUUAUUCGUUUCAAAUAAUAGUGCAACAUCUCGAAAGGGAUACUUGAAAAAAUUUAAAAAAUUAAAUAUAGAAAUUCAUGAUGGAGAAGUUUUUGGCUCAGCUUACGCUUCAGCUUAUUAUAUCAAAAAUGUUUUAAAGUUUCCAAAAGAAAAAAAAGUUUAUGUCGUAGGGGAUGUUGGAAUUAUUGAAGAAUUGGAAUCUGAAGGAAUUCGUUAUGCUGGAGCUAACGAAGAUUCUAAUUUUGAUACUUCCAACUGGGAUUACGCCAACAUCAAACAAGAUCCAGAAGUUGGAGCUGUCCUUUGUGGAUUUGAUAUACAUGUUAAUUAUUUAAAAUAUGCUAAAGCGUUCACUUAUCUUAAUUCAAAUCCCGAAUGUCUCUUCUUCUUAACUAAUGAUGAUCCAACAUUUCCAGCAAAUGGAACCGUUUAUCCAGGUGGAGGAGCUAUUGCAGCACCUUUAAUUACAGCGUUAGGUAGAAAUCCUGAUGGGAUAUUUGGUAAACCUAAUAAACCCAUGUUAGAUUGUAUUAUACAACAUUUAAAUUUAAAUCCUGAACGCACUUGCAUGAUCGGUGACCGUCUUGAUACUGAUAUUUUAUUUGGUACUAACGGUGGUCUUGGUACUCUAUUCGUUUUAACUGGAGUUAAUAAAGAACAAGAUAUCCUCGCUAAGGAUGCUCGUAUAAUUCCAGAUUAUUACAUGGCAAGUCUCGGAGAUUUUUCGAUACUUUAA